AUGGAGCUACAAGAAACAAAACUGCAACAACAACUAGAGCCAGACCUAAUACACAAGCAAGAACAAACCACGGGUAUUAUCUAUUCACAUAAAAGAAAAAUAUUUCAAGACCCUGAAACAUUAGAACUGCAAAUCUUUGAUGAAAAUGAUGGCGGCGAACCACCCAAAAAAUAUGUUGCACUAGACGACUACAAUGAUGUUACGGAAAACAAAAUUGAUAAUCUGAAGAAGAAAAUUGGAGAGCAUAAACAGAAGCAUCAAGGUCCAAUAGCAUGUCAUCUACCUCCACACUGUAGACGGCAUCCAACAGAAUUUCCAUCAAUCACCGCAUUCGAAAUUCACUAUAACUCGCAUCAUCGUUUCAUAUGCGACGAGUGUCAAGCUGUGUUUCCGACGAAAAGUUGGUUAGAUAUGCACUUGACGGAGUUUCAUGAUGUGUUGGCGCAGAUUCGUAAAGAAAAGGGUCAAAAAAUUCACAAAUGCUACGUUCAAGGCUGUGAAAGGUUCUUUAGUACUCCUAAAAUGAGGAGAUUACACUUGAUUGAUAAACAUCAGUAUCCGACUACUUUUGACUUUGGGAUGGUGAAAGAGAAAAAUAAAAAAGACAAUGUCCAGAAUCCCAACGCCUCAAAUUCUUCAGGAGAAUCCAUGAUCGCCGUAUCUACAUCCAUGCCUGCAUCGGCACCUGAUAAGAUUCACACUACAAGUCACAAUAAAAACGAAGACGUUGAUAAAGAUGUUGAGAUGUUAGCCGAAUCAUUGUCAAAGCUCACCAUACCGAUGACCAUAAAAUUUGGCCGAGAUCAAGUGCGUACUCGAUUAUCAUUCGGUCAGAGCCCUUCUUCCUCUGCGAAAUUUGAUAAAAAGAAGCAAAGGAAGUUUGUAAGUAAGGAUAAAUCAAAGCAGAAAGAAAAAGCAAACGAAGAGGAAAAUCAUGAAAUCGGGAAUACAGUUGGAAAUUGUGUAGAGAAACAAGACAACAAUGAAAUGGUAAUGGAAGGAGUUGAAGUGGAAAAGCAGAUGUGA